AUGGCGAGCGACGAAGCGUGGACAGUCGUUUCCAAACGCCGCGCCUCGCGCGGAAGCCGUUCCAGCGGUCCGCGGCCGGAGGGCGCCCAAGGGCCCGUCGGGUGCGCCUCCGCGGAGUCGAGCGGUGGGGCUUGCGCGGAGGUGUCGGGGAGUGCCGCGGAUGAGCGGAAGGUGGAGCUUCCGGGAUGGAACGUGCGCGGGAAUUGGGGGAACGAAGGGGAACGCGAGUGCGCCCCUCGCAGGCCAGGCGUUAAAGGCAAGGGGCGACGCGGCAGUGGCGCGGGCAAUGAGGGGGAAAGCGAGGAGUCGCGAGUGACGGCGCGGAUGGAGGAGGCGAGGCGCAUGGUGCGGGAGUCGCCGUUCUACAGCAAGCUCAGAGACCAAAUGGCAUCACUGCGUGUGGCCCAUCGCUUGCUGGCAGCGCAUCCCCUCUCCGCUCCCUCCGCCACCUCCUCUCCUCCUCCCACCACUCCCCCAUCUGCUGCUGCGAGUGCACGUGAUCACCCACCCUCUUCGCCCACAGCACCUGCACACGGCCACGAGGGAUGUGCCGUGGACAGAGGGGGGAAAGGGGAGGAUUGCAUGGAAGUGGGAGUGCGGGUGGAGGGAGAGGAAAGGGAGAGGGGAAAAGAGGGGUGGGAGAGGGGAAAAGAGGGGUGGGAGGGGGUGGUGGUGGAGGUGGUGGUGUACGGGGUGGGCAGCAUCGCACACUCACCUGUAGCGCGCUGUCAGAUGGCCCUGGGGCUGCUGCUCGCCCAUGCCCUCCAGGAGGACCUCUCCCCGCUGCUCCAGCCCCCAUGCCCUCCCCUGUCCUCCCCGCCGCCACCCGCGCCCUCCACACAUUCCCACCGCACGUCCCCUCCAACGCAGCCAGCCCCCCCUGCUUCACCGCCCUCACCCGUGCCCCAACCGCACGGUGCUAUCCCCCAUGCAUGCGCCCGCCCCCCCCGUGUGCGCGUGGGUGUGUUUGACCCCGUGCUCUCCCCCGCUGAGCUCUCCGCACUCGCCCUGCUGGGCGUGCACUGCCUGCCCUCCAACGAGGAGGGCCGUCGCACGGUGGUUGUGCCAACACUCUUCUACAUGCCACACUGCGAGGCGUUCCUCUACAACAAUGUUCUUGAAGCCAAUGCCUCUGCUCUCGGUUUCUCCCCCAAUCCUCCCACGUCACCGCUGCUGCUCGGAGAAUCACCUGCCGAGCUGCCUCCAUCCCCAACUCCAGCAGCAGCAGCAGCAGUGGAUGAUGCGUGUGCUGGCAGCAUGGCAGGGUGUGCGCCUGUGGUUAUCCUGGGCAACAGCUUUGCCUCGUACGAGGAGAGGUGCACACUGCGGUGGUUGUUGGGGAGAGACGAACCCACUCCUCAUUGUUUUAUGCAAGCUGCGAACCUGUUCCAUGCGGUGUGGCAGGCGGUGCAGCGGGGAGUGGUGGAGGAGGUGCCUGUGGAUGCUGCUGCCUUCCCCCUCAUCUCCGCCUUCAAUGACACCAGGCAUGUGCUGCACUCACCACACAUGCCAUGCACCUCCUAA